AUGCUUCCAAGAUCACUCCUGGCCUUGGGCCUAUACAGUGGCCUCGCCGCCGCUCUCGAAAGUCCUCAGCCAACACAGGCGCCAGCCUACCCUCCGGUGCACAGGAGACAGAACGACGACGUGAAGUCCAUCACAGACUGCCACUUGCACGGGAGCGCCUUGUACUGCAUUGCCGGCAGCGCCGAGUACUCGGUAUCGUACAGCGCGACCCAGACCACCGACCUGCCCUCACAGUUCACCGACUGCCACUCCCACGACAGUGACUUCUACUGUGUUGACGAAAAUGGUGACGACGUCGCGGCCACCGGCGAGGGCGGUCACGAGGAAGAGGCCGAUCAUACCGAAGAAGAAGAAGAGGGAUCCAGCCACGAAGGCCAGGACUGUCAUUUCCAUGCCGGCAUCGAACACUGCGUCGGCGACGACGAAUCGGAAGAAUCGACAGAAACGGAAUCCGAGGAUGGCGGCCAGCAGCAUUGCCACUUCCACGCUGGCGUCGAACACUGCGUAGGAGAGGGCGAGUCAGAAAAUGGAGGCGAAUCAGCGGCCGCUGGAGGCAGCAGCAGCAGCAGUAGCUCCGAAUGCUCAGCAACACCACGAGAGUACAACGUCGGCCUGCGUGUCGGUCUCCUCUUCGCCAUUCUCGCUACCAGCGCCCUGGGUGUCUUUGGGCCGAUCCUGCUGCAGCGGUACAUGCCACGCAAGCUGAACCUGCUGUUCGUCCUGCUGAAGCAGUUCGGAACGGGUAUCAUCAUCUCGACGGCAUUUGUCCACCUGUACACCCACGCGACUCUCAUGUUUUCGCAGCCCUGCGUUGGCGCCCUCGGGUACGAGGGCACCACGUCCGCACUGGUCAUGGCGGGUAUUUUCCUCUCAUUCCUCGUCGAGUGGAUCGGCAACCGCGUCGUUCUUGCGAAGAUCAAGUCCGAGGCUGCUCUCACCGCCAAGGAGCGAUCGCGGGCCAUGCUCAGCAGCGAAGUCGUCAGCGUUCUGGUCAUGGAAGCUGGUAUUCUCUUCCACUCCUUGCUGAUUGGUCUCACCCUCGUGGUCGCGGGCGAUAGCUACUUCCUCACCCUCUUCAUUGUCAUCGUCUUCCACCAGAUCUUCGAGGGCCUUGCCCUGGGCACCCGGAUUGGUGCUCUGGGCACUGGCCAGCACAUCCACACGCACGGGCUGCCAGAUCCCGCCACCGACUCGGAAGGCAACAAGACCGCCGAGACGCUGCCCAUUGCGAGCUCGUCGUCGUCGUCUUCCAGCAUCGUUGCCAGUGUUUCCCUGAGGAAGAAGCUCAUUCUUGCUUCGCUAUUCGCCUUCAUUACCCCGAUCGGUAUGGCGAUCGGUAUCGGUGUUCUCAACCAGUUCAACGGCCGCGACAAGUCGACUCUCAUCGCCAUUGGUACCCUUGAUGCCGUCUCCGCGGGUAUCCUUGUCUGGGUUGGCUGCGUGGAGAUGUGGUCCGCUGACUGGAUGACCGGUGCUCACGGCAAGCAGGCGGAGCUGGCCAACGCCGACUGGAUUACCACUAGCGUUGCCUUCUUUGGCCUCAUCGCUGGCAUGGUUGUCAUGAGCGUUCUCGGCAAGUGGGCAUGA